AUGCACACACCAUCGCCCCAACUCCUCCGCGCUCUCCGCACCACCCUCUCAUCAAAUUCUCCCAUUCUCCGCAGCCCCCGACUCACCAAUCCAUCAAUCCAAUCCCUUACAUCUUCCCGACGAAACAACAGCUCCAAUGUUCGCCCUACACGAAUGAUCCCCCGUGCCCACACCCACAAGCCCACCAGUCACGACCGCGGCCCCGAGUCACAAGAAGACACGCAGACAGACUUCAACGCGCUCAAUGUACUCGCCAAUAUUCCUGCGCCUACUACUGCUAUCGAUGCCUGCUUGGACUCGGGAUUCCAUCUGAACAGCGGUGUUAAGAUUACUGGCGGCGAUGGCAUGCUGCUUGUGGGUGGCGAGGCAUUUUCGUGGAGACCGUGGAGGGCAUCGGAAUCUCAGUUUGAGAAUGAGGCCGCGGCCAAGGCGGCAAUGCUUAAUGCGAAGGGACAAUUUGAGCUGAGUGAGGAGGCUUGGGGUCUUUUGAGUGUUGUUUGGCCUAGACCUGAUAUGCUUAUCCUUGGGCUGGGUAGUUCGAUUCAUCCUCUUUCACCGGAAACAAAACGUCAGAUUAAUUCCCUGGGAAUUCGUGUGGAUAUCCAGGACACCCGUAAUGCUGCGGCGCAAUUCAAUUUGCUAGCUACUGAGCGUGGUGUGACUGAGAUCGCAGCUGCUAUGAUCCCGAUGGGAUGGAAAGGGAAGGCUUGA